AAGGCCCAAAAUAUUAUUUAUAUUGUUUUUUUCAUAACGGUGGAUGGUGGUUCUCUUCCAGUUUUCCCCAACAGAAUCAUAAACACUGACGGUUGCGUCCACCGAUUUGGUAUCGUUAGCUAUGAAUACUCGAAGGGACUUCCGUGGAAACAGAUCUGCUCUCUUUGAUGAAAUUGAAGAUGGUGGUAUUAGGGCCUCUUCUUCUUACUCCUCCCAUGAGAUAGAUGAACAUGAGAAUGAAAGAGCAAUGGAUGGGCUGCAAGACAGAGUUCUUAUGCUGAAAAGGUUGACGGGAGAUAUCCAUGAAGAAGUGGAGGGUCAUAACCGCAUGCUGGAUAGAAUGGGCAACRAUAUGGAUUCAUCAAGAGGUAUCCUCUCCGGGACGAUGGAUAAAUUCAAGAUGGUAUUCGAGACAAAAUCAAGCCGGAGGAUGUUUACGCUUGUGGCCUCGUUUGUGGUGGGUUUCCUAGUCAUAUACUAUCUCACUAGGUAACUCGAUGAUCGGUUGAGCCAUGUUUCAAAACCUACCRAUGAUGCUCUUAUGAUCUGUGGUUCUUUAUGUAAAGAAAUCUUGAUGAAAUAGAGUUUCGUGUACUGGAUAAAAAAUCGUUGUUUGUAUACUGUUUCUUGUGUUUUUCGUUAUCGUUCUCUCUUUCAUGUUCUCCAUAUUUUGUACUCGCAAUUCUUUAUUUUUCCGUCUCAAUGGUAUAGUUUCUCGAUUUUGUUC